GUUAGUGUGGUGCAUUCUACUAUGGAUUUAGUCGCUUUUCACUGGUGUUUACAACACGUGUGAAAAGCAAAUUAUUAGAAGAAUCCGAUUUUUUUAUUACGAGAAUAUCCACUUUGGUCCUGGAGAAAAGUAUCCGAGACUGAAAAAGUGUUAUAAACCGAGUUUUCUCAUCGUGAAAUUUCCACCUACUGAAGAAAAAUGGAUAACACCAAGGAUAGAGCGGCAAGGAUGGAGGAGGAAAGCAAAGAUGUUAAGGCAAAGGUGGAGCAAAGCAAUGACAGAGCGGCAAGGUUGGAGGAUACCAAGGAUAAGGCGGCAAGGGUAGAGGAAGCCAAAGAUAAUGCGGCAAAGAUGGAGGAAUCCAAGGAGGAGGACCUGGAUCUGAACAAUUUUGACCCAAUGUCAGAUCACUAUUACUCAGAAGACAAUUGUUACUUGCCGGGAACAUGUGGCCACCUAUACAAGAAAUACAUUGGAAAAAAAGAGGUGAAACUAUUUAUCACAAACAUCCCACCACGUCUCAAAGAGUCUGGUCUUAGAAACGUGUUUUCACUGUGUGGGAAUGUCCUGAAGACGACACUGAUUAGAAGAGAAACCCACGCAUAUGGGUUUGUGGUGUACGACAACGUUAUGUCUGCCUUGGAAGCAAUACGCACAUUAAACAGGAGAGAACCUCAUAACCUUAAAGUUAAGUUUGAUAAGAAUGUAGAUAGUUUUUAG